AUGAAGAUUCUCCCACUCCUGAUAGCCUUCUGUCUUUGGCAGUCAUCAGCCAAUGUCAUCUUCAGACAUUUCUUCGACAUCGGUUCUGAUCGAUCGGUGGACCUCUAUAACCCUCCUUCAAAGCAUUUUGGAACGAAGGGUACCGCAGGUCAAAUACUGCCGCGCGAUGACGACGAGACGGUAUGCCGUCCUCCGAGCAGACCUGUACCUGAAGCCAAAAGGGGAAUCAAUGAAUCCCCUUCAACUGUGCAUAACCAAACCUUAUGGAGGCGUACCAUGCCAGUUCCUGAUCCUGGAGAUGAAGAUGCGUACAUCGUGAAACAAACCGAGAGCAAGGAUACAUAUCCCAUCUGGUGGGGCGUAGACAAUCCAGCAGAGGCCGGUCGAAAAAGGACGCAGUACGACGUCAACACAGCAUUGUUCAGGAAAUAUGGGGAUGUACCCAUCAGUCUGUCAACGUUUGAUCUCCAUGGUUGCUCUUGCUUAGCUAUCGUCAGCCGCAAAGGUGUUUACAUGUCACACUACUGGGAGAGUAUUGCAUACUCACCGGACAAAAAGCAAAUGAAAGCAGAAGGCACAAACCAACCUGAUCUGUUCGAGAAGUUCGUUCUUUCAGGACUACGAGACGGGAUCAAGGGGGCAAAGAUAACUGAGCAGGCAUCGCUUCGAGACAACGCGCAGCUGUUUGACGACGAUCACACUUACGCAUAUCUUAUACACCCUGCACCCAAAGCCGGCAACCGGAACGGAUACCAGGUCGAAGCGCAAAAGAUCCGGACAGUGGUGGAGGACCUUGUCCCCAAGAUCAAGAAUUCUGGAAGAUUCAUUCUUCAUCCAUACGCGGUUCAAUCAAAAAAGUCAAUACGCAUGAAGACGUCAGCCGGGAGAGCUUUGUUUCUGUACGACCCGAGAGAAGCGGAUCCACCCCAAAGAGGAUACACCACGGCGAAGAUUAUGCUUUGGAGCGAGACUAGGGUCAUACAUCAAGACCAAUGGGACUACAGCCGCAGAGGUUGA